AAUUCACCCGACUCUUUCACUGCACUAGUAAUGUUCACCUCAAACCUGAAACAGUCUUUUGAAUUUUGUCAUCUUCUGCGUGAAAGGAAGUGCGAAGAAGUCGGCUCUCGGCUCUCAGCUGUUUCUCACACCGCGAUCACAACCUCGAAGCAACCAACUUUCAUCUCACUCAAGUAGGUACUGUAGAAUUAUCGUUAUCCCCCCAACAGAUAUUCACAAGAGACCGUCACGACAAUGAGCGAGAAUCACGAGAAGGAGGCACCACCAAGCACAGUGCCAUCUUGCACAUCUGUAGGUGUCGGCAGUAAUAAUGACGACGAUGCCCUGUUAUUCCGCAAGAUUGUCGAAAUGCGCCUUGGUCCUAAUGGUAGUGGUAGUGUAGUAGGAGACAGGUCAGCGGAUGCUCCUUCAGCAGGUGGAGAAGAUUUGGAGAAGGGCCAUUGUUCCUCGCCAACUCGGCAGCAGCAAGAAGAUAUCUCUUUGAGCAACGACGAUGACUUGAAUCUUUUGGAUGUUGUUGCUGCACGCAUCGCGGGCAGUGGCGCCCCAGAGGCAAAUGAUAUCAACCAACUAAAGGGGCUGAAGGAUGACCUUGCCAAUGCCACCAAAGUUGCAACCGGCGUACCGACAGAAGCGCAGAAAAAGACGGAAGCUAAGAAGCAAAAGGGGCUCAAGGAUGACCUUGGCAUUACCGCCUUGGUUGCAACCGGUGUACCGACAGAGGCGAAGCAGAAAAACACAGAUAUCAACCAACUAAAGGGACUGAAGGAUGACCUUACCAAUGGCGUCGAGGUUGCGACUGAUGUACCGCAACAUCACAUGCCCACAUUACAGAGGGAUGCAAUUGGUUUUGUACACAGCAUCCCUGGUGCCUAUCAUGUGGCCCAUCCCGAUGCCAAUCCAGUAGUACCAGAUCAGCUGCAAGUCGAUGAUAGCGAUAUGAGCGAGCAGCAAGAUGCUUCAGAGACGGAUGAGGAAGAAGGCACAUCUGACCCAAUGGCUCCAUUGGAAGCUACAGUGGUGGGACGCCGCCGCCGAAAAAAAGGUCCUAUCAGUGUUCGUGCCAGUCUGACGGUAGAAAGUGUAGAGGCAGCCCGAGUCAAGGACUCCUCGCGGUAUUCUGGACCAUUGCGACUUGUCGCCGUGAUCUUUCUAGUUGGAGUGGUGAUUGCUCUCCUUGCCCUUGGCUUAUCUGGGGCAUUUGAAAGCAGCAAAAACCCUGAUACUAGUAGUAGUGAUGCUAGCAACGCAGGCACAACAGGGUUCAGCAACGAUGAUGCCCCCGUCAAAUCCACACUCGAAAUAAUAAAAGAAGAGGGUGUCCUGAAGUGUGGAUACAGGCCCAUUAAGAUUGCCAAUGGAGAUAUUGAGGGAUUUCUAGCUGCAAUAUGCCAAGUUGUUUCCGCUGCCAUUUUUGGUCCAUCGGCUCCCGUCGAGUUUGUCGAUCGUGGGUCCCUAGCAAAGUUUGAGGGAUUGGUGGAAAAGAAAAUUCAUCUCGAGACGUUUGGCAACACUCACAACAUGGGUCGCGAUGUGUUCCGCUCCGAAGUCCAAACAGGCUUCAAAUGGUCCAUCCCGUUCAUGUAUGCUGGAAUGAGACUCGCCGGUGACCCCAAGUUUCUCAGGUGCGCUGAAAACAAGUGGCGUCACUUGGAAGAAUGUGAAGCAUUGGGGGUUUGUGUUUGGGAUGGUAGCAGCUACCACAAAACCCUCACGGAUAUUCUGCCUAGACGGAAUAUUGUUGUCAUGGAGGAUAUCGCACAGACCCAACAAGCACUGAUCAAUGGGACUUGUAAUGUCGUGACUGGUUCCGCCUUCAUAAUGGCAACAGAGGAAGCCAUGAGAGAAGCAGGAUACAAGGGAGACUAUGAGAUCAGCAAUGGAACUUUUUCAAAGGAACCGAUAGCCGUUGCCACUCGUGAGGAUGACCCUGAAUGGUCUGACUUUGUGAAUGCUGUCAUCAUGGCCCUCUUUGUCGCCGAGAAACACAACAUUACAAAGGACACAGCCACCUUGUUCCCACAGACCACACUGUUUGGUGGUGACUAUACGAACAUGUUCCGCAAUGCGAUCGGUUAUGCUGGCAACUACGGUGAGAUGUGGGAACAUUUCCUAGAAUGGGGCGUCCCUCGUAAUUCACUCAACCGGAUCAAUGACGGCACAUCUGGGCUUUUGUACUCACACCCCAUCAAAGAGAUUGGCGAUUCACGUGGCAGUGUUCCAUUGGGCGAGAGAUUGACAAAUAUCCGUGAAAGGGGGCAUCUAAAUUGUGGAGUCUUGGUGGGGCGACCUGGCUUUGCGGAAAAGUCUAACGAUUCAUCCUUGGGCUACACAGGGAUGGACAUAGACUAUUGCAGAGCAUUGGCGGGAAGUUUGUUCCAGGGCUUCAGCAAAUCCAAUAUCAAUGUCAUUGAGCUAACGAGCAAUCAAGAUGGGUUCGUCCAGCUUCAGAAUGGAACUAUUGAUGUAUACGCGGGGGCGACAUGGAACCUUGAGAACGACGUCCAUGAACCAACUACAGGAUUGGGUUUUGCAUUUUCAAAGCCUUACUUUUUCUAUCCGAUGGAAGGCAAUUUCGCUCUUGCAACAAUGCAAGAUGACCACGACUGGAGUGCCUUCGUCUACUGGGUGGUUGAUGCCACGGUCCAUGCGGAGGAGCAUAACAUUACGCAGCAGACGUCCAACGAUAUGCCUGAAGUUUUGGUUUUUGGGGAGUCGCUUCAUCGAAUGUUCAGGGACGCUAUCCUCGAGGUUGGUAACUAUCAGGAGAUUUAUUCUCGAAAUGUCAACCAGUUCAUCCCAAGGGUGGCGGUAACAUGUUGAAUGUUUUCCCCGACUUUGGGCCCCAACACUAUCUCAUACCAGGCUUCAUGUGAUUCGGAGGACGGCAGUGAUUUCACGAGCUUGGAUGGCAACACGCCAGUCAGAAGUGUAGUGCGGAUCGGAUCCGCGAAGGCAAUACUUACAACGCUGCAACCGCUUUGACUGAGAACAGUAGCCAUUUGUUCCACGAUUUGCUUGGCAGUGGGUCAACGAGUUUGUAGACGUAUCAUUUCUUCGCACCGGUGCUGGGUGCUGCUGUUCAGCUUGCCGACAAUCGUAGUCAUCUUCGCGCAACUCUAAAAGUUGCUGAAGCUUGUGGUUGAUAGUUGACCCCUCAAAUCUGAGAACCAAGCUGCGCACGGGCGUCACUCCAGCUACAGCGCUAUGUGUCUCGUGGUGGCUACAUGUAGCUAGACGGCAAUCAGCAAGUCGCAGGUAGGUGGUUGAAUGACGGCGAUCGACGCUUCCUCUCGCUAUUCGAUGCCGGCCGGAAUACAGGGGCGGCAUUGCAGGCAAAAGCGAGCCCGGGCAAAGUGAACUGAGCAGUGCAAACGUUUCACCGUCAGUACACUGCGCAUGAAUGCAUCAGAGCAAAAAGUUAUGUAGUUGUCACAGUUGAUGUUGAAUGUCAGCAAUUGACUCUUUUUUGGGGAUUCGAUGCCUCCACUACUAUUACUACUACGGUGGCCCAAACCACAAUUGCGUAUUCUUGUCAAAGGAUGUUGUGACGAGAAUAUCGGUGGACGAUGACGAGCACAUGUCUCGAAUGGUUUGGCUGUGAACGUCUUUGUAUCGUUGCACGAGCUGAGUACUGGAAAUAUCCCAGACGCAGAGACUCGAAUCGGCUUGGGUGUUGCCCAACAAAUACUGUCCGUUGCUACUCCAGGCGACCUUUGGGUUGGAGAAUCCAUCAUUCUGAUGCCCGUACAGGUUGCGAAUAUGUAAUCCCGUCUCCAUUUCCACAAUAAUAUUCCGAGAGGCAUCCGUAGCCAAUGCCAAGUAUUUUCCGUUGGGACUGACGGCCAUGUCCAUGACGGCAAAGGAAACGUGCUGAUCCUCCAUACUAGUUCCCGCAGCGGCUGGUUUACCUCCGUGGUUCAAACUGAGUUUGCGAAGUUGGAAAUCCUUGGUCGUAUCAAAGCACUGGAGAUAUGGUUUCUCUCGUGCAUAGCAGCAGAGUUCGUCCGCCACAAAGCAGACGGAUUCCACAGCAUGUUGUAGAUGCAAUUUCUCAAUGGUGGUCACGUGAAUUGUCGUUUCGUCCUUGACAUAAUCAAUUUUCACAGCCACUUGAUGAACCUGUACGGUACCAUCUGCAGAAGCUGUUGCCAACAGAUGAUUGUCACUACUAUUGGUAGUUGUCCUCCACGCCACAGACUUGACGUAUUUUCCAUGUUUGGUUGGAAUUUUGGUAGUGGCUUUGACGACGAGACCCUGUCCAGUGACCAUGUCGUAGUGAACCACCCAAACACUCCCAUCCAUGCAACCCGCGGCAACCAUUUUUUGUGGAUGCGUCGCAAUAGCAAUGACAGGGCCAUCACAACGAACGCGACAAGCUUGAGCCACCACUUUUUUGGAGGAUUCUUCAUCCGAAGCAGCUCCCCACGCGCAGAGAGACAAAUGACAAUCGGCUCCUCCCGUGGCCAACACAGUUUCGUCGCUACUGAGGGCACAGCAGCUGGGAUUGGCCAAACCGUGUAAAUUGAGAAGUGACACUUCUGGCUUUUGUGGAUAAACGCCAUUGCCCGAUCGCAAGAAAUCUUCCGAUUCGACAGCACUGUCGGUUGUUGUUGUAUCCAUGGCAUCAUCACUGCUAGCGACACUCAACUUGGAAAACCCAGUGAGAGCGGCUUCCUUCCGAUACAGUUCCACUUCCGCUUUGAGAGAUUCAUUUUCAAUCGUCAGCUCCUUCACCCGAAACGACAAGUGCUUCACCUUUUCUUGGAGCACGGCAUUUUCCGAUCGGACUAUAUUAUAAAUCAUAGACACGACAGCACAAAUCAUAGAAAAAGGAUGCGAAUGAA